ACCAGAUAAUCAACAUUCAAAAUUUAUUUUAACAAGAGAUUUGACAAGUUCCUUCAGGAUAGUGAGACACAGCUCCGGAUGACCUAGUUCGGCCUUUUCCCAUUCGUCCGUCGCCAUCACUUCGCCUGAGAAAUUGCGGAAGAAUUCGACCGCGUACUUCCUCAAAUAAAACGCCGGAUGGUGUUCAUGAGUGUUCAAAAAUAUUUAUCCGCAACCGCAAGAAUUCCGACGCACAUCUUCUCCAUCUUUGACUCCGACACUUUCCCGGUGUAGAUGAAGCGGAGGAUUUCAUUAAACACGUCCGGCUCGACGUCUUCAACAUCGAUUUGCAAUCUUCGGGGAGACUUUUACACGCGAAAAUAAUGUCGACAAAAAAAUUGUUUUAACACUUGGAUGCGUGGAGUUCGGCAGCCAACGCCAUCAUCACAAUCACGGCAACGAAGGUCUUCCGUGUUACUCUCCCGUUGAUGAGAAAUCGACAUCUGCCAAAGUCCCACCAGCUGCAAUUAUGUAUGCCAACCGGAUGGCAUUGAUCGCAAAGUGAAAGAUCAGCAAGGUCAUUGGUUUCACGUUGAGCAGAUACUUACAUUUAUCCGCCUUUACCAAAUUCAACCCCCGCAGGCACCGCAGGGGCAGAGAAAUCCCAGCAGCUUCCACAUCCGCUUCCAUUCCUUACCAGUAGUGAGCACGAAUAAAACUGAGCUAUGCUCGGCUACUAACUGUGCGCACUACCCAAUAGGAAGACAUUCAGGCGACAAAGCACCCGCAUUCGAUGUUUAGUCUUAAACAAAUUUGAAUGAAACCUAAUUUUAUUGAGAUGUAACAAAAUGUAAUGAGGCCCUUUUGAUUGACAUUUUUAGAGUUCCUUUUACUCACAGCUUUUCAAACUCAUCAAAAUCUUUGUAUUUCUGAAUGGAGGAAUCAAACGAUACAAUUAGACACGGAUUUGACAAGAUUUUGCAGCACACUGAAACAUUUUUCAGGAUCAUCUUUUUUGGCCUUUUCCCAAUCUUCCGUCGCCAUCACUUCGCUGGAGAAAUUGCGGAAGAAUUCGACCGCAUACUGUCUCAAAUGAAACGCUGGAUGAUGUUCAUGGGUAUUCAAAAAUAUUUAUCCGCAACCGCAAGUAUUCCGGCAGGCAUGUUCUCCAUCGUCGACUCCGACACUUUCCCAGUGUAGAUGUAGCGGAGGAUUUCUUGAAACACGUCCGGCUCGACGUCUUCAAUUUCGACUUGGAUUGAACCACCGAGUGCCUGGCGGAUCCAUCGAGUGGCGCUGCAGACGAAUUCGGGUGGAGAAAAAGAAUCGAACGGGAUGAGACCAAAUCGAACGGCGUCGGCGUCGUCUAGGGUUUCCCCGACUCAAGUGGAAAAUGGGGGGCGGAGCCGACGCUGUGUGCCGUCAUCGAUCGCUGGGGCCCGCAAGGAGACCGAGGGAAGUGCUGCCUUGAUAUAUCAAAUAACCAACUCUCUCCCCCCCUCUCUCUCUCCAUCCCUUUUCUGAUCCAGCAGGGUGGAAAGAAAAAGAAAAAUCCAAAAAGUGAGAGAGAGCGCCACCGUCGCCAUUCUCGUCUGGUUCCUACCAGGAUCGGCAGUUGUGUCUACCAGUUGGCCCACAUUCACUCCUCACUACUAGAUCAACUCGAUUGUUGGCGCUCUUCGAAACUGCUCUCAAUCAGUUUCGCACUAUUCCGAAUAUUCAUUCCGGAAUAUUUAGCCAACCGAAAAAUUAAAAAAACUUGAUAAACUCGUCGGUGUGUGUGUGAUUUGGAAGUUCCGGAUUUGGAUUUUAGUGUUUAUUCGUGCCGGAAUUACGUUCUAGACCAACAGCCAGUUUUUAUUUUAAAUUCUUUUUGAAGAAUUUCGGAUUUUAAGUUUGCCGCCGUGUGUUGUGUGUUAGUGGUGUUUGUGUGUGGUUUUUAGACGCAGAAUCGGGUGCGUCGUGUGCCGCCAUGUUGUCGUGCCGACCGUGAAAUCCAGCCAGCGUAUCCGCAUCUAUUCCGUCUCCGGGGCUGUCAUCAAAAUUAUUUAUUCAAGAAAAAAUUCGACCGAAAUUAAACAACGAAUUUCAAAUUAAAUUUUUUGAAGUUAAACGAAAUGGCUCACGGACACGUUGGAUGGCCGCUCUUUCGGUGAUGCCGACGGACCAGCGGGAUCGACGUCGAUGCAGGGAAAUCAUAUUUGAAGGAGUUGGAAAAAGAUGACGACUGCUGCUUAAGCCAAUCGAAUGGUCUCGGCUGGCCGUCGCCCAUUCGUUGCGUCAUCAUCACCGUCAUUUGUUGAACGAGUUAAAUCUGAUCGCGACUGGACAAGGACGAACGACCGGAUCUUGUUCAUCGCCACGAGUAAUAUCAGCCGGAACGACACGGAGAAGGGAAGAGCCGCGCCAUGCUCUGCUGCGGACGGAAAAAGGAUGGGCACAAGGAGCAUCCGGUGGAGAUGGCGGCCAGUCCACGUCGACAAGGAGCCAAUUCGGCGGCGGCGGGGGCUUCCGAGACGGGCGUUUUACUGGGCGCCGCCGGAGCCUCAGGACAUCCGUCAUCUCAUUACCAAACGACUGGAGGCGGCGGAGGCGGAGGUGGUGGUGGAUCGGCUGCUAUGCAUCCGCUUUCAUCCGUCGCCGCCGGCACUUUGGACCAGCACCGACUGGGCCCCCAUUCAUCGCCUGGACUUCGCUCCAUGGUCGUCCAAAGUGACUUUCGCAAGGUGAGCGGAAUCUCGACCGAGAUCUUCCGGCAGAUCGAGACGGUGGAAAACGACCACAACGACGCCACGACGGCCGCCGCCCUGGAGGCGGUCGAAAGGCGUGGAGAAAUGCUGGUCCGCGUUCUCGACCCACGCCAAAUGGGCAGGACGGCCUCUGAAGCUGCCCGUUCCUUCCUCACCGUCCAAGAUCCAAAGUAUUCUGUACAUUUCGUGGAAAUCGUCAAGCGGCCCGGCCAGACGCUGGGCCUGUACAUCCGCGAAGGCAACGGAAUCGAUCGAUCCGACGGCGUCUUCAUCUCCCGCAUCGCCCUCGAGAGUUCCGUCUACAACUCCGGAUGUCUCAGGGUGGGCGACGAAAUCCUGGCCAUCAAUUUGGUGGACGUGACGCGGAUGAGUUUGGACGACGUGGUCAUCGUCAUGUCGAUCCCGCGCCGGUUGGUGCUCACCACUCGACAGAGGAGAGGUCCAGCAGGUGCCGUUUCGCCACCUCCGCCGCGUCCGGAGCACAAACCGACUCCCGUCGUCGUCCUCAAGCGCGGAGUCCAGCCGGAAGAGCCGCCGGACAACGACUCGACCAGCAAUUCCAACAGCAACAACGGCGAUCGCUUCCAGCAAUAUCCUUACGGCGGAGGAGGUGGAGGAGGAGGAUUAGGGCCGUCCAGGUUUCUCACGACGGGCAAACCGUUGCCCGGCAUGGCCGAUUUGCCCAUUCACGGAACUUUCCCGCGCGGCAACCGCGAACGAACCGAGCAACAACAACGGGAUCUCUUCCGGGAACGGGAAGCCGGAAGGUAUCCCGAGCGGGCCGGCGAUGAUUCCUUCAGCAUCCGCCAACAACAGCAACAACAACAGGACGCCAUGGAUCAUUAUUACGGCAACUACCGGAUGCAGGAGCAGCAACAACAGCAACAACAGCAGCAGCGAUACCAACCUGGACGUCCAGGUGGCGGUGGGACCCUGGAACGGCCCGGCAAACAUCCCAGCAGCCUGGGCGGUGGCGGCGGCGGUGGGGGUGGUGAAGGUAUGACGCAUCACAUUGACUCAUACCAUCCCCCGCCUCCUCUGCCUCCAGUGACGGAACAGCCCAAGCCCGGAAUGACCAACUCCUCGUCCACCCACCAUUUCCACCAACACCCGUUCGACCGGUCGGCCGGUUUCGGUCCUAAAACUUUGGAAUCUUUGGCAGAGCGGGUCCAUCCUUUUUACGGGCUGUCGAUCGGGCCGCCCGGAAGCGGGUCCGGCGGAUCACUCGGCCAGCAGCAGCAGCAACACCAGCACCAGACGGCCACCCUGGGCCGAUCUUCCACCCUGGGCAGGGCUCACAGGGGAGGAUCGGUGGCUGGAGGAUCGGGUCCAGGGUCCACCAUGUCCCUGAUGAGGGGAACAGCCGGAACCAACCGGCUGACCCGCAGCGGAAGCGAUCAGAGGCUGCCCAUGGUCGAGCAGAGCGGAUCGGCGGAUGUGUACGGAUACGCCAGGGGCAAAAUCGGAUCCAAUUACGGCACCACCGGACGGACUGGCCAGUCCCAACAGCAGCAGCCGGACGCGGCCACUCGACUGGGCCUGACGCACCGGCGGAGAACUUCCGUCGACUACGCCUCGGACACGGAAGCAUCCAUCCGGAGUUACAGCCACUCUGCCAGAAGAGGCUUCUCGGUGGAAGGAUCGUCGGGCAGCUGGAAAGCUCCGCCGCCUCUGCUGGGCCUGGGAAUCACGCCCACCACCCCGACGUCCGUCUCGUUCCAUCCGACUCAGCCGGAUUCCCGGUCGAAUUCUCUACCCCGCGAUCGCGGAGGCGGAUCGUCGUCGGGAUCGAGCCGCUUCCGGCGGGAAGUCCAUUUCGAGCAGACGAGCCUGACGAGGCCGGGCCAGGCUUCUUCCAGCCUGCUGGACAACACGGACGACAGCGACGGGGCCGUCUCGGCCCCGGAGAUGACCGUCUCGCAGAAGCAGAAGCAACUCCAGCGGCUGAGCCAGCAGCAGCAACAUCUCCAGCAGCAGCAGUUGCUCUUCAGCCGGGGGAUCCUGCCCGGCAGCGCGGCUCCGCUCUCGAAAUUGCCCGGCGGCAUGUUGCCGGGCAACUUUACGGCCGCCGAGUACAAGGCCUGGAUGCAGCGGGCUCCCUCAACCAGCGCCAUCUACGAGCGGCUGCGCCAAAGUCGAGACGCCAUCGAAGCCCAUCGAGUGGCCAAAUUGACCUUCAGCGCCGAAAAUCUGGUCGAAAAAGCCAAACAGGAGAUACCGUACUAUGCCUAUCGAUCCCACUUUACGGCGACGCCUAACGCCGGCGGAUCGCUGCUGCUGGACGAGAGCGACAACCCGUCGUCACUUGGGGGCGGUGGUGGUGGUGGUGGUGGCGGCCAGGGGAUUGGAGGAGGAGGAGGAGGGAGCAAAAGUCUGAUGGUGGCCAGGUCCGGCUCGAGUGGCGCCGUGGCGGAAUUGCAGCCGGAAACGCCCCGAGGCGGCAUUCCUCAACCGACGCCCGCCAACCCCAACGCCGCCAGGUCUACCGAUCCUCGAUUCAAAUUAUUGGAAAUCAAUCCAGCCGAUUUCAUCAAAUACCGGAGCGAAAGGCCCAACGGGACCACGCCCACUCCGCAUCAAAUGGCCAAUCCCAACAGCUCUAGUGGAAUGACGACGCCUUCAACCAGCGCCGGGGGACAACCGGGACCCGCCCCAGGCGGCGGAAUCGAAGAAGGUGUCAGCGGACUCUUAUGGAUUCAUUUGCUGGCCGGAAGAGGAUUGAGAUCGACGUCGUCACGUCUGGAACCCGUCCGCGACUUGUACUGCGUCCUGGAGUGCGACCGGGCCCACAAGGCCCGGACGGUGAUCCGUUCCGGCGACAUCAAUUUCGACUGGGACGAAACGUUCGACCUGGACUUGGUGGUGAACCGGGAGCUGGACUUUUUGAUUUACUCGUGGGAUCCGCAGCUGAGGCACCGGCUCUGCUUCAAGGGAUCGCUCCACCUGGUGCCGCUGGUCAGGGAGUCGACCAUCCACCAGGUGGCACUCAAAGUCGAGCCCAGGGGCACCCUCUACCUCAAGCUGCGCUACACCGAGCCCAGGACGGCCUUCCGGCGCUCGCCGGCCGGCCGCAAAACACCUCCGCCGCUCUUUGGCGUCGACCUGGAGACGGUGGUGACCCGGGAGGGUGGCAACAACGUCUCGGCCGUCUCCGCCCAGCUGAUGACGGGCGGCAACGGCGGAGUGCCGAUCCUGGUCCAGAAGUGCGUCGAGGAAGUGGAGCGGCGCGGGAUGGACAUUGUCGGCCUCUACCGGCUCUGCGGUUCGGCAACCAAGAAGCGCAUCCUCCGCGAAGCCUUUGAGCGCAAUCCCCGGCUGGUGGACCUUUCGCCGGACAGCGUGCCGGACAUAAACGUCAUCACAGGGUUGCUGAAAGAGUAUUUGAGGGAGUUGCCGGAACCGCUUUUGACGAAAUGCCUUUACCAGAUGCUGGUGGAUGCGUUGGCCGUUUGCCUGCCGGACGACCCCGAGGGCAAUGCCAAACUCAUGUUCUCCAUUCUCGAGUGCCUGCCCAAAGGCAACCGGACGACGCUGUUUUUGUUGAUGGACCAUUUGUGUCUAGUGACGGCCCAGUCGGACCGCAAUAAAAUGACGCCGCAGAAUUUGGCCAUCUGCUUCGGUCCGGUGCUGAUGCUGCACUCUGACGACGGAUCGACGCUCUCGUCAUCGUCGUCUUCAUCCGGCGGAUUGGAUUUCCAGAAGCCGAUCGGCGUGCUGAAGUACCUGCUGCAAAUCUGGCCGAUGAAGUCAGACAGCUCGGGCAGUGGAAGCAGCGGCGACAGCCAGCUCGACGCUCCGACGCAUCCAGCAACAGCAGCUGCAGCUGCAGCAGCCAACAGCCUCGGCAGCAGCUCAACGGCAGCCCUCGCCGCAGCCGCCGCAGCCGCCAAUUCCGCCGCCGCCCAUCAACACCAACAUCAACUCCAUCACCAUCACGGCAAUCCCAUCCACUUCCUCCACAGCCUCCACCAGCAGCAACAACAGCAGCAGCAACAACACGGGAGUAUAGUGGCCGCCGUCGUCGAAGUGGUUAGCAGCGGAGAAGUGGCCGCCCAAGUGGAAGCUUGCGAUCUCACCUUGUCUUCGGCCAGCAACAGCGCCGACAAUUUGGGAGUGCAGCACGGUAAUUCGGAUGCGGAUGCGGCUGCUGUCGCUGCACUAGAAGCGGAAGAAGCGGCCGAAGCCAAAGACGCUAGCGAAGAAGACAACAACACGGACCAUUCAUCGCCCAUCACGGUGACGGUCACGUCCGGCAGCACCCAAUACAUCGCCAUGGCGGCCGACGGUGCGGUAACUGACCGAUCCGUCUACACUUCUCUCACUCCCGUACACGCACCUGCGUCCGUCGUCGUGAGCGGGAACGAGACGCUGGGCGGUGAUUCGUCGGUUCACUCCACGUACGUCCAAUACGUUGACGGGUCUCCCGAUUCGGCUUUGUACGCGGCAACUAACGGGCAAAUGACUUAUCCGGCCUACACGGUGGUGGAAUCGGGCGCCAUGUACUCGCCCGGCAACAACCAAUACUACACGAGUGGCACUGGCAACAACAGCAUCACUUACUCACAAGUGACUCCGGGACAAUUGACGCAGACGAGUGGGGGGACAUUUCUGAUCCAGCAAGGUGUCGACGCCGACGGCCACACGCUCAUCACCACUACCACCAGAGGGUCUCCUCAAACGGAAGGAAACGGGUCCUCGUCCGCUUACCUGGUGACGGGCUCCCAAUCUGGUCACAGCCCCUCGUCGGCCGCUGUCGGUGGAGGUGUCGAUUCCGAUUCCCAUUACAGUUUGGCCCACGCCACCCGAGUCUCGCCCGCCACCGUUCAAUGGCUCAUUGAUAAUUACGAGACGGCCGAAGGGGUGAGCCUCCCUCGGUCCACCCUCUACGCCCAUUACCUGAGGCACUGUAACGAGCACAAGCUGGAACCCGUCAACGCCGCCUCCUUUGGCAAACUCAUCCGCUCCGUCUUUUUGGGAUUGAGGACCAGGCGACUGGGCACCAGAGGCAAUUCCAAGUACCACUAUUACGGCAUCCGGGUGAAACCGACGUCGUCGCUGAAUCAGAUGUCGGUCGAAGAGUCUAGUCCGCCCAGCGUCCAGCGGCACUCGACCAACGGCAAGCGCGGAGCCAAAGGAGGGGCUCACAGCAGCGGCGGGAGUAUGGACGCCACCUCUCCCACCCACCAGCAGUACCUGGGCGACGCUGCCGCCGCUUUGCCGCACUGGCCCGACUUGGAAGCCGAUCGCAAUCAACUGCCCCAGGGCAUUGACGUCGACGAUCUCCAGGCCUUUGUCACACUUUACCGCGAUCACUGCGAGGCCAUGCUGGACGCGGUCAUCAGCUUGCAGUUCAACACGGUGGAAACGAUCUGGCGCCACUUUUGGCGCAGCGCCAACAACAACGAGGCCGUCGACGUCGGCAUGGAAGAGGAUCCCGAAAAAAUCCUGCCAAAGGCUAAACUUUACGUCCUUUCGCGUUGCGAGCCCGUCUUGAUUUUCGUCAAGAAGGCCGACUACCAGUUCUAUCAGAAUCUGGUGGAAGUGCUCAUACCGGACGUCCUCAAGGAAAUCCCCGGCUCGUUCACCAGUUCCAUACGCAGUUUCGCCAAAUCGCUGGAGAAUUGGCUCUUGACGGCCAUGAACGGCUGUCCGGAAGACAUCAUCAUCGUCAAGGUGGCGGCUGUCAACGCCUUUUCGCAGACCCUGAGGCGCUACACUUCCCUGAACCAUUUGGCCCAAGCGGCCCGUGCCGUCCUGCACAAUCCGCCGCAAAUCACUCAGAUGCUGGCUGAUCUCAAUCGCGUCGAUUUCCACAACAUCCAGGAGCAGGGUGCCUGGGUGUGCCGCUGCGAUCCUGAUCUGGUGGCCUGGCUGGAAAACGACUUUAAAGUCACGUUGCAUAAUCAGGCCACCCUGGAGCAGUGGGUCCAGUGGCUGGAGAGGGUUGUCGACCGCGUCAUCAAACCUUUUGAAAGCGGAUCCACCCAGGAGUUUGUCCGCGUUGCCCGCCAGUUUCUGCUCAAAUGGUCUUUUUAUAGUUCGAUGGUGAUCCGCGAUUUGACUCUGAGGUCGGCCGCCUCGUUCGGCUCUUUCCACUUGAUCCGGCUCCUGUACGACGAGUACAUUUUCUACCUGGUGGAGCACCGGGUGGCCAUGGUGACGGGCGAGACGCCCAUCGCCGUCAUGAGCGAAUUCGCCAACAUGACGCUACGCCCCAAGGAUGAGGACGAGGCCGGCUCGGUCCCUCCAUCACCCAGCGGAUCCUCAUCGGCUUCGCUCCACGUCGGCAUCUCGACCCCCCUGUCGGCCCAACAACAACACAAGUCCGGCGCCAACAACAAUAGUCAACAGCAGCAGCAGCAUCCGCAAAUGGCCGACGGCGGCAGCAGCUCCUCCUCCUCCAACAGCGUCAAACGGCCCAAAUUGAGUUGAUUCCCCACCCUCCAUCUAACCAGCACCCACCCACUACUUCUACUACACCACCACCACCCUUUUACUACUACACCAUCAGCCCCCCCAUUUGUGCGGAUGGAAGAAGAGAUGAUCCGCCUGUAACUUUGUCAAAGAAAACAAAAGAAAAAAACAGUUGAUUCUUCUUCUCAUUCCUCCUAUUUCGGUCAAUCAUUUUCCCCGGCACACACACACACACACCCAUUGACCUCCUUAUCAUUCGGCUCCUUAAUCCCCCCACCCUCCGCCAGCCCGUCUCCUCCGCCAUGUUUUUCAUUUGCGUUGUAAUCAAUGGCAGAGUCGUGUCAGAUUUGAUCACUCACACACAACAACAACAACCACCAACAACACUUUUCUCUUCAUCAUUUUCUCCUCUUCCUGGCCGCGGCUCCAGCAAAUGUUUUUUUGGGAGGUUCUUCUGAGUACAUGUCACAUUAACUUUGAUUGCCGGGCGUGCGUGUGUGUUAGUGCGGUUGCGUUUCUCUCUUUUGUUUUGUUUUUUUUUUCUUUUCCUCCAUCUUCCAGCGAUGAGAAUUGGGGAUGGAUGGAAGGGAGAAAAGAAGAAGAAGAAGAGAUCUAGUCUUGUAUGCGCUUCUUCUUUUUUUACUUUUCUUUUUUCUUUUUGGGUCCGCCAUUCUCCGUUUAAUUGUGGCCCAUUGUGCGUUCGUGUGUUUGCUGUGUGGGGGGGAGAGGCUCUUGUGUUUUUUUCUUGCCCGAUGGCGGGCAAUCGAAAAGUGGAUCCAGCAAAACUUGGUGGGGAGCGGUUAGAUUCUUCUUUUUCUUCUUUCGUCUGUCUCUCUCCCCCGUCGUUGCAUCUCUAUCGACUUUGUAUUGUUUGCUGGCCCGGCCAAAAUGCUCUGCUCACUCGCCCACCACUGUUGAAAAGAAAUGGGACACGACGGGUGCACGCAGACGUGGGAUGUCGGAAGGAGGGGUGGGGUGGGGGGUUGGAAAAAGUGGUUGAAUUCCGCCCAUCACUCACUGAUGUGUGUGUGUAUUUUUUUUGUAAUUCGCUAUCCCACACACACGACAAUCUGUCCGUCUUGUUGGAUAGAAGUUAUGUAACCUCGUCCCCCCACCCAAAAAAAGAAAUUGAUUAUUUUUUAUUUUUUAUUUUGUGGCAAAAUUCAAUUGAUUUUUCAUUUAAUUUUGAUCAUUUUUUUUUCUCUGUGUGUCCACACAUCAGAUCUCGAGCUCGUUCUUUCCAAUUUAUGUUUCCCCGUUGCUGUGGGAACCGACAAACAAAUUUAAAAAAGUCAUUUCCUAUUAACCCGGAGAAAGGAGGAGAUGAAAAGGAGCCAACAACAACGACGCCGCUGGAAGUUUAAGAUAUAUAUAUUUUGUGUAUUUUUAUUUUUAUUUUAUAUUUUUAUAUAUUUUUUUUCGGUCAUGUUUUAUUACAACUGCAGCGACGACGAGAGGAGAGGAGAGACGGGCAGCUUAACGAUGAGCAUCAGCAGCCUCUUGCCUUAUUCACGAGUCUCGGGAUUUCUCUGAAAGCCUUGCCUCCACUCUCUUCUCUUCUCUGUGUGUGUGUAUACACACAGCCAGGAGCUGCUGCUGGCCUGCCUCUUCAGACUUGACCGGAUGAGGGGCGGGUUCCCAGUGUCUGUUGGUAUAUAUAUAUAUAUAUAUUUCUGGUUGAGACGGACAUGUAGAGGGGGAUGGAGAACUGCGACGGACGAGUUGACUGAUCGAUUUUCUUUAGCUGUACUUGUGUGUGUGCAGUGUCUCCCAGUUUUAUAUCAAAAUGUGGUGGUGGUGGUGGUGAUGCUGGCCAGCCAAGGACACGCCUCGACGUAUAAUAUCUCUUUUUAUUAUUAUUUGACAUUCUUUGCCCGGCUAAAAGUCGUCUUUUUUGGGAGGGGGGGGGGAAUUUGAUUCUUUAGUCAAUUAUUUGUUGAUGGCCAACUUUUUAUUUAGAAUAAAAGAGAUGACAACUCGCGAGUAUGCAAAUAGACGACGCCCGCCCGCCAGCCAGUCCCGGACUUGCAAAUAUACACAUACAAGGAAUAUAUAUAUCACACACAAGUUAGGAGCUCUGAUCUGCUUCCAUUGUGUACAUGCAGAUAUCGAUUUUCCACGAAAUUGAACAACCACACCAUAACAGAAUCAGACAAAAACAACAAGAGUGGCGGAAUCAACAUUGAGAAAUUGAUUUUGUCAACACCAUUUCUCCUUUUGUUUUUUUAUUUUUUCGAGCUCCUGUUUCGGAUGAGUGGGGGGGGAGAGGAGAAAAUUCCACCCACCCACCUCCUUCCGGUAUCGUGAAAUCCAAACGACCCCAUCGGGAAAUUUCCUUCCAUCAUUUUGACUACGUGCUCCUUACUGGGGGAGGGGAUCGGGGAUGAAUUGAUUCAUUAGGAGCCUGGGUGGGGGUGGGGGUGAAUUUUUUGGAAGCUUCUAAUCAUCAAAUUCAGGAGCCCCACAAAGGCCGCCCGAGUCUCACACCGCCGUUGUCAUGUCAACAGCAGCAGGAGCCAGUCGAGAGCCCUUCCCAUUUGAGUUGGUGACCCUUGUCCACGAUCUUUUCUGAUUAGGAGCUCAAAAGAAAAACGGCGUGUGUGGCCGCGCGUCGAAAAGGAGGUCAGAAUUGCGCAGGAUCGUUCGUACGACGACGAUGGAGAGCGAGGAGCAUCAGGAGCCAUGAGUGAGGUUUGAGAGUCGUCAGUCGGUCGUCAGUUGUGGCUCCUAACCAUUUUGGCUGCCUCCGUUCUUCCCCUCCUUUUUUCCACAAAAGUUUCUUUCCCUUUUUUAUUUUUAAUUUCUUCGUUUUAUUUAACUUGUUUCUUUUUAUAUUUUUCUAUUUUUAUCCUCCCUCUCACGCUCCUUAUUCCUCUUCCCUCCUGGACAAAACAAAAAGUUUGGCCAUUUUGUUGGUGAAAAA